AUGGCGACCAUCAACCCCAACAUGGAGGAGGUUUUGUUUGCCGCCCUGGUUGCCGCGUGCGCCGCCGCGCCGUCCCGCUCCUACGCCGCCCCCGAGCAGCGCUCCCUCCAGCCGGCAACAGUCCGCAUCCUGGAGGAGUCCAGCGAGCGCAUCGGACAGGACGGCUUCGCCUUCCGCUUCCUCUCCGAGGACAACAUCCUGCGGCAGGAGGAGAGCAGGGACGGCACCGUGUUCGGUAGCUACAGCUACACGUCGCCGGAGGGCGUCGAGGUCAGCGUGCGCUACGUGGCCGACGCGAUGGGCUUCCGCGCCGAGAGCGACGCGCUGCCGACGCCGGUGCCGACCGAGUACCCGACGCCAGAGGUGCCCGUCACAGAGGCUGAGGUCAGGACCGUGGAGGUCUACACUGCUCCCGGGGCUGAGGUCAGGACUGUGGAGGUCUACUCUGCCCCCGAUACUGAGAGGGCGGCCGCCGGCGCACGCCUCACUCGCGCCACCUACAUUCACCGCGCACGACGCCAGCGCCACUAG